AUCCCUGACACUGGCAUCAGAUGGGAGUAUUCCGUCUGAUCCGGAGUAUUAAACGUGAUAUUACCUAGACAGCCCCCUCUGUCAUCUCUCAGCCUUUGCGAGCCCCCGCGCUCCCUCCCGCCCGCCCCCAUUGUCCCCAGCCACAGGGACCUCCCUCCAACCUUGCCCGAGCGGUUGGAGAGGUCGGAGACAGUCGCCAGUUCAGCGACCUGCCCCAGAUGGACACGGAUUCUGACGUCCCGGUGUGGGGAGAGGGGCAGUCGCUGUUCAUUCUGCUCGCUUUGCCGCUCCUUCAACACUCGUUUUGCGGUACAGAGCCCAAGGUAUCAGUUGUCCAUGGGUCCUUGUGGAUGCGAUGACUUGUGGGAAAUUCUCGGUUGUCCGGCUCCGAGGAGUGAAGAUUUCCGCGACCCAGUCUGGCGUGUGAUCCCAAAUCCAGCGACAUCCCGAGAAAGGUUAGGACGGUUUCAGUAGAUGCAGGGCAUCUACACAACGGGGAGGCAGACAGCGUGCAGCAAAAGCCCAGAGACCGAACCGCUCAAACCAGGACCACAUCUUAACUUUAUACAAGUGGAAAGCUAGCGGAGAUUGGAAGUCGUGGAGAGGUCCGAGAGGCCGUCAUUCUGCGCCCGGAGGCUUGAGGAGACCUGAGUAGACAUUGGGAGAAUGAAGCCCGGAACGCGGGGAAUAGGGGUAGGGUAAACCCGAGAUUACACGUUCCAGACAGAAGACGAGGCGUCUGAACCAGACCAGGAGCGAAGGAGUGCUUGCACAUAUCGCUGGGAAGGUAAACUGAGUUAAAUCAUACAAUCCAAGCGAGGAGGUGAUCAACAAUUAAGGGUUUCCUCGGGUUGUUACAGAUCUGUUCUACUGGUUACCAUGGUGAAUGAGACAUCUCGAACCUGGGAUCCUAAGUUUGAGGAUCAGGCUAUUAAUGUGAAUGUUGGAGGGCUGAAGAGAAAGUUAAGCUCCAGCACCCUCUCCAAGUUCCCCAACACCAGACUUGGGCAGUUACUCACCUGCGACUCGGAGGAGUCCAUCCUCCGAAUAUGUGACGACUAUGACGUCUCAAAGAGAGAGUUCUACUUCGACAGGCACCCGGGACUUUUCCCGUAUGUCUUAAACUUCUACCAAACCGGGAAGCUGCACAUGAUGGACGAACUCUGCGUCUUCUCGUUCUCGCAGGAGAUCGAAUACUGGGGCAUCAACGAGUUCUUCCUGGACUCCUGCUGCAGUUACCGAUACCAUGAGCGUAAGACGGAGAGCAGACGCAAGAACUGGGAUGACGAGAGUGACGUGAGCAGUAUUGACACCUCUCCGGACGACAUCUCCAAUUUUAACCGGGACUUGUUGAGAUUCCAAGGGAUGAGGUAUGGAAACUGCAGGAAGCAGCUCUGGUUGACCUUGGAGAAUCCUGGAUACUCCAUCCCAAGUAGACUCUUCAGCUUCAUGUCCAUCAGUGUGGUGCUGGGCUCCAUUGCCACCAUGUGCAUUCACAGCAUGCCCAAAUACCAGAACUUUGACGAGUUUGGGGUGGAGGUCGAUGACCCCAGGCUACAAAUCGUGGAAUAUUUUUGCAUCGCUUGGUUCUCCAUGGAGGUCUGCUCACGGCUGCUCCUGACUCCCAACGUCAAGAGGUUCUGCUUCCACCCACUCAAUAUGAUCGAUGUUAUCUCGGUGCUCCCGUUCUACAUCACCCUGCUGGUGGACCUGAUCUUUGGCCAGUCCAUGGACCUGGAGAACCUGGGCAAGGUGAUCCAAAUCCUCCGGCUGAUGAGGAUUUUCCGGGUGCUCAAGUUAGCACGCCACUCUACAGGUCUGCGGUCGUUAGGAGCAACCUUAAAGCACAGUUACCGGGAAGUUGGGAUCCUCCUGCUGUACCUGGGCGUGGGGGUCUGCGUCUUCUCCGGAAUGGCGUACACUGCGGAGAAGGACGAGGACGUGGGACUGGACACCAUCCCGGCCUGUUGGUGGUGGGGCACGGUGAGCAUGACGACGGUGGGCUACGGAGACGUGGUGCCCAUCACGGUGGCCGGCAAGCUGGCCGCCUCGGGCUGCAUCCUCGGGGGCAUCCUCGUGGUGGCCUUGCCCAUCACCAUCAUCUUCAACAAGUUCUCCCACUUCUACCGGCAGCAGAAGGCACUGGAGGAGGCGGUGAGAGGCAGCCGCUGAGUGGGGAGAGAGCGCAACGGCGACGGAGAGGGGGACAGCGAGGAGCCGGGGCAGCCUGACAACGGCGCCUCACCCCACUCUGUUGGAAUGGAGCGCCAAGAACCAACCACAAAGUGAGACUGUCAAUCGCACAGGGGACCGUCCCAUCGAAUCUAUAUUAGAUCGCAGGGCUUUCUUUCCCCAGGAAGGUUCUGAAUCAAUAAGGACUGUUGUCAAAACUUUAUCAUUGCUACAUUUACGUUCACCCUUGAGAAGAACUUCUGUAGGCUGAAGGCAACCUCGGUGUGAAGGGUGCGGUGCAGUUCCCCAGUCUAUUGCUCAUCCAGCCCCACACCCUGCCUGUUCCAACUGUACGCCGGUGGUCUAACUUCCCCACCGUAGACCCAGCAACCUCCCUCAACCUCACCAAACCCAACCACCUGGUGUGCAUCGUCCUCGCUUGUUAUACACAGCAAUAAUCGAAACACUACCCUCAGAGGGGAAGAGUGACCAAAACCCUCAGUUGGCCUUCUCAGCUUCAAUGCCAAUUAGUGCUAUGCACGGCAGCAAGGAUUUGCAUUUAUACAGCACCUUUAAUUUACAAAACUCCUACAGCUGCCCCACAGCAGCACUACCCAACCCACUGUGGCUCGAGGACACCUGAGGAGAUACCAAGGGCAGGAGGUUGGUCAAAGAGGCUGGCUAUAAGAAUGUUACUAAAGGAAGAGGAAGUGAGGCGGAGGGGGUCUCGGCAGUUGAAUGCACAUUCACCAGCGGUGGAGCGAUUAAGUUCAGGAGGUCAGGGAUCUUGGAGGGUUGUAGGGCUGGAGGGGGCUACAAAGAGAGGGAGCGAGGGAGGGCAGUGAAGGGGAUCCAACACAAGGACAAGUCAAUGUCAAAGUUGAGUUUACAAAGUCCAUGUGUGCACAGGUGCAAUGAAAAACUUACUUGCAGCAGCAUCACAGGCACAGAGCAUCAGAUACACAACAUUCACAAGAAAAACAUAAAUUAAACAUGAAUUAUACACAAUUUUUACAAGAAAGAACACAAUUGGAACAAAAACCAAAGUCCAUUUUAGUGCAAAGUGAUCAAAGUGGUCAUAGUGUUGCUAUACUGAGGCAGUGAUUAGGGUUGUGUCAGUUGGUUCAAGAACCGAAUGGUUGAAGGGAAAUAGCUGUUCCUGAACCUGGUGGUGUGGGACUUCAGGCUUCUGUACCUCCUGCCCGAUGGUAGCUGUGAGAAGAUGGCAUGUCCCCGAUGGUGGGGAUCUGUGAUGAUAGACGUUGCCUUCUUGAGGCAGCGCCUCCUGUAGAUACCAUCGAUGGUGGGGAGGGAUGUGCCCGACAUUUAUUGGGCUGAGUCAUAAAGAACUUGAAACUGGAAGCACAAGUGUGAAUGAAGCCCAGUGAAGGUUAAUGGGUCUGGGAGUGAGAGCAGGAUUUAGGAUAAUCCCAGGUUGUUGAAAAAUGGGAGGGCAGAGAGCAGAGCCCCAGAACAGUUGAACCCGGGGGCAGUAAAUUGAAGAGCAGGCCAGGUACAGACAGUUGCAGCAAAACUCAGUGGCAGGUCAUCGGAAAGCAAGAAAAGAAGUUGCCAUUUUACUCAUCAAGCCCCACCCUUUCACUCAGUUGGAGCACAGUCUAUUCCGCACAGCAUCUUAAACUCUCGUGCGAGAGUAUGGCCAAAGAACCUGCACGAGCUCAUUAAAAAACCACAAAAUAUUCAGUUAAUUAUGCAACUCUUAUUUGAAGCCCAAUCUCUGCAGAUAAUCUCAACUCUGCCCUCCCCCCCACCCCGUCACUGGGAUAAGCCUCUCGCCACUCAGGAUCACUGGAACCAAUGCUUCAUUACAAGUAAGUUUCAUUGCAGUGAAGUUAUCUCCUAGAUGGAAUGGUGUGUGUGACCAGGAAGGGGCUCCUACUUGUGGGUUGUUCCCAGACCCCAGAUGUUCCUCUCCUUCCAGGAGCUGGAGGGGGUGGCUCUGUGGUGUGGGGAGUGCGGACAGAAAUCUGACAUGGAGCACCCCCCCCCCCCCCCAAAAGCCAGUGAACCUGCUGCCCAUUGUUGUUCUUGCUUGCCACACUGCCCCACUUGUUUGUGUGUUUAUUGAAGCUGCACUAACACACGCUUAUUGCCACACGAGUAAUUGUCCAGUUUCUAAGCAGCGUCAUCUUUGGAGUUAUUUCAGGCUCGGAAGAUGAACUAAAGGGGAGAAAUGUUGCCAGGACUAGAGGGCCUGAGUUAUAGGGAGAGGUUGGCCAGGCUAGGUCUUUAUUCCUUGGAACGUAGGAGAAUGAGGGGCGACCUUAUAGAUGUGUUUAAAAUUAUGAGAGGCAUAGAUAACGUGGAUGGUAACAGUCUUUUCCCCAGGGUAGGGGAGUCCAAAACUAGGGGGCAUAGGUUUAGGGUGAGAGGGGGAAAGAUUUAAAAGGGGCCUGAGGGGCAACUUUUUCACACAGAGGGUGGUGAGUAUAUGGAACGAGCUGCCAGAGGAAGUGGUUGAGGCAGGUACAACAGUAUCAUUUAAGGAGUACUUGGAGGGGCAGGUUUGGAGGGAUAUGGGCCGAACGCAGGAAAUUGGGACUAGCUGGGUGGGCACCAUGGUCAGCAUGGACUGGUUGGGCCAAAGGGUCUGUAUCCGUGCCGUAUUGCUCUGUGACUUAACAUGGAAGACCGGAUGAGUGAGGUCAGAUUCCAGGUCCAGGGCUGAGAAGGAACCACAGCCUGACAUAUCCUCCAGAGACCAGCUGACUAGUGACACAUGUUCCGGACACCAAAACACUGUUUACCACCCUCCUCCUCCCCUCCCUCCACAAUCUACAGGCUUUCAAAUCCUAAAUUUGGCAUCAGCUACCCACGGACCAUUGAUUCAUCUCAUGACCUUUGAAGGGGUUUUGCAAGAGUAAACAAAGUGAAACGAUUCCCGCUGCCAGGAGGAACCAUAGAUUCAAGGUCAUUGCAAAAGGAAUAGAAGGGCUUUGAGCAGCAAUUAUUUUACGUUGUGUGAACUGGAAUGUGCUGCCUGUAAGAACGUUGGAAGCAAAUAACUUUCAAAAGGGAAAUUGGCUAAAUUGGCAUCACGAAUUAUUGGGUGCAGAUUCAGCAGCUGACUCCUUCCCUCUGCAAGAUGAAAUGAGAUGAUUUAGUGCGGUGAAUUGCGAUUAGGAAUGUGGUGUGUCUCGAUCUUUCUAAAAUGAACUGCCUGAAUAAUUGAAAGGGAGAAAUAUACAAAGCAAUGGGGAAAGGCCGGUGAAUGGGACUCUGAGUGGACCUGAGGCAGGGCUUCAACCCGAAACGUCGACAAUUCCCUUCCUCCCACAGAUGCUGCUCGACUUGCUGAGUCCCUCCAGCAGAUUGUCUGUUGCAGGGGUAUGGGACUGAUGGGGUAGUGCUUUCGACAGCCAGCACAGGAACUGUGGGCUGAAAGGCCUCACUUGUCCUAUGAAUCUAUGAUACAUAUGUUGGCCAACAGUGCCCAGGUGUGUGAUACCUUCAACUUACAGCUGUUCACCCUGUGGAUUUGUGAAACGUUCUCUCAGCCCAAAAUGCAAAACGAAACCAUUCAACUGAUACAAGAGAAAAUCCAAUUUCCCAAUUGGAUGACAAUACAGUCCAAGGUGUCACAAGUACAAGUGCCAAGAAAUCACCACAAUGACCUUUACUGUUUAUCCUUUGUAACAGUUAUUACAGAAGGGACCGAUCAAUGGAAAUGAUUAAAAAGCAUCAGGAGAAGAAAGGCAAUGAAAGCUGGAAUAAUAGUUUCAAGAUAUCAGUGGAUAUUGAUAUAACAUGACUGAUGGCCUCUCGCUCCUUAGAUGUCCAUGUUAUUAUUGUUGGAGGAUGUAGUGAGUUCCAGUCCUGCAUUUCAAAAACCUCUCAUCAGUCUUCACCAUGGAUACAGAACUGAGUGAAUGAAUCAGGAAAUCAUCGCACUGUGAAAUCCAGUGAGGUACUCGCCAGGUAACACGAGUGACUAGAAUCACAGUUGUCCUCUGAAUCCAAUACACAGCUGAAGAGAAACAUAUUGACACUUCUACACACAUUUGCGCGCACACACACACACACACACACACACACACACACACACACACACACACACACACACACACACACACACACACACACACACACACACACACAGCACUGAAGGAACUCAGUGGGUCAGGCAGCAUCUAUGAAGGGAAAUGGUUUCGGGUUGAGAUGUUCAAAGUCCAGAUGGAGGGUCUCGACCCGAAACGCCGACUGUCCAUCUCCCUCCACAGAUGCUGCCUGACCCACUGAGUUCCUCCAGUGUUUUGUGUGCUUCUCCAGAUUCCAACACCUGCAGACUCUUGUGUCUCUAUACACACAUGUGCACACGCAUGUACACACGCACAAACACACACACACACACACACAUUUGCAAAGGGAGACACAUGUACCUAUAAACACAUACACAAAUGCAUCACAUACACAGGCACAUAUACUUAAUAUAUAUGUACACAUAUUUUUAUACAGUCUUUUUCCCAGGGUUGGGAAGUCAAGAACUAGAGGACACAGGCUUGAGGUGUGAGGGGAGAGAUUUAAUAGGAACCCAAGGGGCAACUUUUUCAUCCAGAGGGUGGUCCGUAUAUGGAACGAGCUGCCAGUGGAAGUGGUUGAGGCAGAUACAUUAACAUUUAAAAGGCACUUGGACAGGUACAUGGAUAGGAAAGGUUUAGAGGGAUAUGGGCCAAAUGCGGGUAAAUGGGACUAGAUUAGAUGGGAAUCUUGGUCGGCAUGGACCAGUUGGGCCGAAGGGCCUGUUUUCAUGCUGUAAUGGCUCUGACUAUAUGCACAGAAAUAUCCAACACACUUGUGCUCAAAUACAUAAGCACACACGAACACACACACUCGCACACACAUACACACACACACUCAGUCACACACACACAUAUACACACGCACACACACACUCAGUCACACACACACACACUCACAUAUACACACACUCACUCACUCACACACACAAGCAUAAGUGCACAUACCAACAACAAACACACACUGAUACAUAUAGGCAAAUGUGUGCUGGCACAUAGAGGUAUCCAUGCAGUUAAAGGGUCCAUGAUGUACUGUAAUACAACAUUACUACUGGAACUCAUUAUGUGGCUGUCAGAUAAUUCAGGUUCUGUAAAGCCGUCAGGGUUCUGAUGAAGUGAGUCUGGUGCUAUUCUCAGCCCUGCCUCCUGUGGGCACCGACCUACAACACAAAUGUCAUCUGUUUGUGAUUUGAAUUUAAAGCCGCCCAGAUCACCAGGGGGAAACUCCCUCUGGUCUUGAAGGAGUGCUGGGACUGAGGUUAUGAUUUCCCUGUUGUAUCUGUUUACGGAAGUGUUACGACCCAACUGAUAAAGAAGAGGCUGUGGUGGGGUGUAAGGACAGCUCUGCUCAACAGUGACACAGCUGAUCGUGGCUCGGGAGAGUCUGAUGGUCCUAAUGGGACUCAGACUUUCCACACACUCACAACAGCAAUGUGUUCCUCACUAUUACAUUUUACAUUUUCCUACACUAACACUCUGGGCCUCAAGGAGAACAAAUUUUCCAUAAACAUCAAAUAAAGUAAUGAUAAAGUCAUGAAGAAAAAUCUGCAUUUGUGUAGCGCCUUUCACAGCCUCAGGACACCCCAAAGUGAUGUGCAGCUAAUGAAACUGGCUAGUCAGUCCUGUAGUGCAGGAAACACAAUAGCCAGUUUCCUGUAGUGCAGGAAACGCAAGAUCCCACAAAAAGCAAUGAGUUAAAUUAUCAUGAUAAUCACACAAAUGCAUCACACAAACACCUGUAUACAUGGACAGGCAUGUGGACAAGAACAUGUAUGUAUGGACAGGAAUAUAUACAUGGACAGGAACAUGUACACAUGGGCAGAUAUGUGAACAGGAACACGCAUACAUGGACAGACACAUGGACAGGAACGUAUGUAUGGACAGGAACGUAUGUAUGGACAGAUAUAUGGACAGGAACAUGUAUACAUGGAUAGGAACAUGUAUGCAUGGACAGAUAUGUCCAAACACACGUUAUCUUCGUUUGCGAUGUGGAUCAAAGGAUCAAUGUUGUCCAAGGAACCGUGGACAAUAUUCAAAGUAGUGGUGUGAGAUCUUUUGUGUUCACCCGAGAAGGCAGAUGGACUCUCAGUUUAGCUUCUCAUCCAAAAAACGACACCUGAGACAGUGCAGGCCUUUCUCAGCGUUACCCUGGGACUGUUGGAACAGAUUGUGUCCUCCACUCCUGGAGUGGGACAUGCAACCAGAAUCCUCAGAGCAAACUGUGCGGAGUCACCCACUGAGCCGUACCUAACAACAAGCUGCUGGGCUGAGCAGCUCCUGUCUCUCUGCCCAGUUCAAAGGAGAGAACCUCAUGAUCUACCCCUCGUGAGGAACAUUCCACCUCCCUUUUUUUCCAUUCAUUUUUUUCAGAGGAUGUGGACAAGGCCAGAACUUAUUGUCCAUCCCUAGUUGCCCCAACUACAGGGGUACUUAAGAGUCAACCACAUUACCUGAGGACAAAUUUAGGAACAGGAUUGGCCAGUCUGUUGCACCAUCCCUCAGUAAUUUAGAUCUUAUCUCCAUCUAGCCACUACAAUCCUUGUAACCUUACCUAACAAAAGCCUAUCUGCUGCAGUUCCGAAAUUCUCAAGUGACUCCUCCAGUCUCAAUAGUUCUUCAAGGGAGAGAGCUCAAGAUUUCUCAGUUUCUUUAUGUGAAGUGGUGCUUCCUAGGAUCAGCCCUGAAUGAUCUGGUCCUUAUCUUUCCUGAUAACCUCUUUAAUCCUCUUAGAUACCUCAGUUAAACAUCCUUAUAGUCAAGGGAAUACAAGUCUACCUAAUCUAUGCAACCUCCCAUCAUUGUUUAAUCCCCAUUCUGGUGACUUUUCCCUGCAUCUUCUCGAAGCCCACUCCAUCCCACCGUAACUGGAGCUUUUUGUACAUAUCUACAAAGUGUUGGGUUCCAACCUGUUUGACCCUUGGUUGAAGGUCUGUAGAGAGGUGAAUGGUGGAAAUAUGGCUCGGAAACGGGAGGGUUAAUCAGUCUCAGGAUGCAGACAUUUAUUGUACAGUCCUCCUUGACCCUUGAGAAGGUGAUUGUGCAUCUUGAGAAAUCAAAGGUCCACAUGUAGACCCUCCAACAGGAGGAAGACAUUAUACCUCAACAGCACAGUGCCCAGACCUUGAGAAAGUCUACCAGAAAUAAAAAGAAUCAUUCAAUUUUUCAAAGUUUAGACAUAUUCAGAUUAAUUAAAGUUUGAGCCAAAGCCAAAAGCACUUAAAUUAAAUUAAACUACAAAAAAAGUUACUAAUCUGAGGUCAAUGCACCAUAAAAACAAUCUCCUGGGACUAUUAGUCAUUUGCAGAAAUUUGGUAAGGUCUGUCUCAAUAAUGGCAUUGUAGGAAUAAACUAAUAUUCAGAAUAAUCUAUCAAUAAUACUGAGGAUUAAACUGUACUAAUAAUUGCAUGUGGAAUUACAUGCAGUUAAAGACUAUCUAUGCAUGCUGUACCUUAUCAUGUAAAACAAUACUCGA